AUGGCUUACAUUCUUUUGUAUGUGGAUGAUAUUAUUUUAACCGCUUCUUCUGAGACACUUCAGCAAUGUAUAACAGCUCUUCUCAAUGCUGAAUUUGCUAUGAAAGACUUGGGCCCCUUGUCUAAUUUCUUGGAUAUUGCUGUCACUCGUCAUAAAAAUGGUCUCUUUCUUUCACAACACAAAUAUGCUGAAGAAAUCAUUGAACAUGCUGGCAUGUCCUCCUAUAAACCUUCUUUUACUCAGAUUGACACCAAAGCGAAGCUGAGCUCCUCGUCCGAUACUCCCUGUGUUGACCUUUCUCACUAUCGCAUUUUGGUAGGUGCUCUACAAUAUCUCACAUUUACAAGACCAAACAUUUCUUAUGCAGUUCAGUAA